AUGCGUGCGGUGAGCGCCGCGGCCGAGGCGGCAGCGGCGGCAGGGCAGGAGGCGGGGGCAGCUGACGACGCUGAGGCGCCCUCUGCUGCCUAUGUUCACCUGCCCUUCUGCAAGCGCAAGUGCUCCUAUUGUGACUUCCCCGUCAUUGCGGUGGGCAAGGACCUGGCAGGGACGCCGCACGUGCAGGACAACAUGCAGCGGUAUGUGGAGAUGGUGGUUCAGGAGAUAGAGGCCAGCCAGCGCCUGAACAGCGAGCCCCUGCAGUCGGUUUUCUUUGGGGGAGGCACCCCCUCCCUCAUCUCGCUGCCGCUGCUGGAGCAGCUGCUAGCGGCGCUGGACCAGCGGUUUGGGCUGGCGGCGGGAGCAGAGGUGUCGAUUGAGGCUGACCCAGGCACCUUUGAUGCCGCCCGCCUGCGCAGCUACAUGGGGAUGGGGGUCACCCGGGUCAGCGUGGGCGUGCAGUCGUUCCAGGACGAGCUGCUGGCGCUGUGCGGGCGGGCGCAUGACGCGGCGGACGUGUACCGCGCCAUAGAGGCAGUGCACGCGGCCGGCGUGCCCUCCUGGAGCCUGGACCUCAUGUCGGGGCUGCCGCAGCUCACGCAGGAGCUGUGGCAGCGGUCGCUGGAGCAGGCCUUGGAUGCGGCGCCGCACCACAUCUCAACCUACGACCUGCAGGUGGAGGAGCACACGCCAUUUGCCAAGCGGUACUGGCCAGGAGAGGCGCCGCUCCCCAGCGACGACGCGGCGGCGGACAUGUACUGCCAAGCGAGCCACACGCUGCGGGGCGCUGGGUUUGAGCAUUACGAGGUCAGCAACUAUGCGCUGCCGGGCCACCGCUGCCGCCACAACAUGGUGUACUGGCAGGGGGGCGCUUUCUACGGGCUGGGCCUGGGGUCUGCCUCCUACCUGCAGGCACGUGGGCGCGCAGCUGGCAGCGCCACCCACCUGAUUGGCCGCCACCAGCUUGCUGGGCGAUGCCGGUUGCCCGGCAGCUGUGGCCGCCGCUUCAGCCGCCCCAAGCGGCUGAACGCCUACAAGCAGUGGCUGGAGCAGUUUGCGGCAGAUGCAGAGCAGCUGGGCCCGCGGGUGCCCGGCGCCUUUCUGCCGCCCGAAAGCGCCGAUGAAGUGCUGUUGGAUAGUGUGAUGCUGCGCCUGCGGCUGGCAGACGGGCUGGACCUCUCCCAGCUGGCUGCACGGCACCCACAAGGCGAGGAGGCGGCCGCGCUGGUGGCGGCUGCGCUGCGGCCACACGUAGAGCGUGGCUGGGCGGUAGCCAGCAACGCCAGCAGCAGCGGCAGCAGCAGCGGCGGCAGCGCUGGGGGCACGGUGCGGCAUGUGCGGCUGGCGGAUCCCCAGGGCUUUGUGAUGUCGAACGAUAUCAUCAGCGACGUCUUUGCCGCGCUGGACAUCACACAAUAG